AUGGCGGCAAAAAACGUCCUCCUGCUUGUCGCAGACGACCUAGGCAAACAACUAGGCUGCUACGGACAUCCCAAUUCAAAAACCCCAAACAUCGACAAACUCGCUUCCCAAGGUGUUAGAUUCGACAGAGCCUUUGCAAGUACUGCUUCAUGCAGUGGAAGUCGCUCUACCAUCUAUACCGGGCUGCAUACCCACCAGAACGGACAGUAUGGUCUCAACAGUGGAAAGCACCAUUUCAUGACCUUCGAUCACGUUGAGUCUGGUCCUGCAAUCUUAUCCAAGAACGGUGUGAGAACUGGGAUCAUUGGCAAGAUUCACGUUGGGCCUGAGGCUGUGUAUCCGUGGGAGUGGAGAGCUGAGAGUCUGACGAGGGAUGUUUGGUGGUCUUCUCAGAAGGCGAAGGAGUUCUUCGCUACGUCAAAAGAAGAUGUGAGACCUUUUGUUUUGACGGUAGGAUAUCAUGAUCCUCAUCGCGAUCGAACUCGCGGUGGCUUUGGUAAUGAUGAGCCUGUCAACGAGCGCAUACAAAGCGUCAAGUACCGCCCUGAAGAUAUGGUAGUUCCCGAAUUCUUGUCCAACACUCCCAGGGCCAGACAAGAGCUUGCGGAAUAUCUCGAGGCCAUCAGUCGCUUAGAUCAGGGAAUUGGGUUUAUCCUUGAUGAGCUCGAGAAUGCCGGCCUUACAUCGAGUACAAUGGUCAUCUUCAUGAGUGACAACGGACCUCCGUUCAUGAACUCAAAGACAACUUUAUACGAUGCUGGUGUUCAGCUACCUCUUAUUGUACGACGACCAGACUUAAAAGCUUCCGUCAACGGGAAUCUAGUUUCGUAUGUCGACAUUCUGCCGACGAUACUAGACUGGACACUUGGCCCAGCUGCGGAAGAGCCCAAGAAGCAACUAUCCGGCCGCUCGUUCCUGGAUAUCCUUGGACAGGAAAAGGAUCUUGAUGCUUGGGACCACGUGUUCGGCUCACACACGUUCCAUGAGUCUACCAACUACUGGCCUACUCGCUUCAUCCGUACGCGGCGUUACAAGUACCAUCGCAACAUCGCAUGGAGACUCGACUUUCCAUUUGCGAACGACAUUUACGGAUCAUUGACAUGGGAAGACAUUCGAAACUCAGAAGAUAGUCCCAAGAAGAUUGGGCAAAGGAACCUGAAGGAUUACUUCUUUCGCCCGGCUGAAGAGCUGUAUGAUUUGGAGCUCGACCCGCAGGAAGUCGUGAACCUAGCGAAAGACACCAAGUAUAAAGAUGUUCUGGAGACGUUGAGGGUUAGGCUUGAGGACUGGCAGCGGAGGACGAAUGAUCCUUGGCUCUACCGUGAUGGAGUCUCUGUGUUGUUGAACAAGCAUCAUCUCGAUGCUGGGUUGGAAGUUCCUGAUAAAUGGGAUCUUGAUGUUGAGCACCCUGAGACAAAGGGAGUUGCAAAGUACAAGAAUCUGCCGUUUGGUAUAGCCGGGGCACGGGAUUGA